AAGAGAUUGAAGAAGAAGAGGAUAAACCUUGAACUCAUAAACCAUAAGCCCUAACGUUCGAGUGGAAAACAAAGAUUAACUCUGAUGGCCAUGGGUGAGCGAGUACUUCAGUUUCUAGGCAUGCCUGGACCAUGGGCUGAUGACAAUUCUGAACCAUCCGAUCACUACACCACAAAAAUUGGUGGAUUGCCAGACUGGCCAGUUCCGCAGUUUCCCUCCGCAAUAACCCACCUACUUCGUUGUGCUGCAUGUCAAAGUAAUCUAUGUCUUGUGGCUCAGGUUUAUGCCCCGAUUUCUGGUAAAAGUUUGAAGAUUGAAGAGCGGGUAAUCUAUAUUUUUGGUUGUGUGGCACCAGAAUGUGGGAAGAGGGCCUCAAGCUGGCGAGCUAUUCGGGUUCAGAAGUUGAUCAGUGCUCGUGAGGAAGUGGGACGUGGGGCUGCAUCUCCCGUUUCGGCAUUGAAAGAUGAUCGGUGUGAUGAUCUGUGGACGUUUGGCUCUGGAGAAGAGGGAGAUGAUGGGAGUGGUGAAGAUUUGGAGGAGCUGGGUAGGGCUCUUUCUGUAGCUGCAAGCUUCGCUUCUCAUUCCAAGAAACAGAUGAACAAUCAGGAUGCCAAGACUACUGAGAAGCAUUUGCCUUUGAGCCUUGGGACAAGGGUGGUUGCUAUUGACGCACCAGUGUUGCCUUGCUUUUAUACAUAUAAUACUCAGGAAGAGCCAUCCACAAGGGAGGUUACUGUAGUUAGUUCAAACUACUCUCAGGAUAGUGAACAGGAGGAGACAUGGGAAAAGGAAAGUUAUGAAUAUGAUAGGACUUGGAAUGCUGACAGGACCUACCUCAAGUUCAAGAAAUCAAUGGAUGCAUUUCCAGAGCAAUGUUUCAGAUACGCAUAUGGUGGGAAGCCACUUUUGGCUACAGCUAAAGUGGAAAAUCCUGGGACAUGUAAGCUUUGUGGUGGACCAAGGCACUACGAAAUGCAGCUGAUGCCCCCAUUAUUAUACUUUCUACAAGAAGGGGCUAAUGAUUGUAAAAAACAUCUUUUGGAUCACUGGAACUGGAUGACUCUGGUUGUAUAUACUUGUUCCAAGAGCUGUUCUCACUUUGAUGAUAAAGGAAAGUUCAAUAUUGAAGGUUGGGUUGUGGCAGAAGAAGCUGUUGUCAUACAAUUUGAGGAAUCCUUGCAAGAAUCUGUUCAUAAGGACUAUUUCUCGUGAUCCUUAGGAUAUGUUUUUAGGAAAAAAGAAAAGAAAGAAUUAUAUAUUUAAUGUGUAGAUGAAUCAUUGUUUUUGUUGUUAUCUGUUUCUCUAAUAUUUGAUAUUAUUUAUUUUUUGUCGCAUAUGGCUAUCAAGAGUGGUUUCUAUAUGGUAUUAUUCUAGAAAGUGAUAAAGUUAUUUUCUUGAGAUUGUUGACAUUGUGUUUAUGGAGAGUGUUGUGAUGGUGUUGAAUGACAAAUCCUAUUAUUUUUUAUUGUCUCAUAAUAUGAGCGA